AUGACGAGCACCCGUCGUAGUGGACUCAGCGAUGCGAAGUCAUCACCGCAAAAGCGACCAGCACCGCCAAGUACCCCUCCAAAGUCAUUGCGAAAACGAAAGAAGGUUGUCGAAGGCGAGGUUCCACCACCAGAAGUUGUUGUGGAGGAUCCACAAACGUCACAGAAUGAGACAACGUUGCAAUCUCGUCCAAAGCGAACGAUAAGGAAAAGUGUCUUGCUCACUGAUUAUGAGGUGAUGCUACCUAGCGCUGUCAAAGAAGAGCCCGAGGAUGAUGAAGAAGAAGUGCCUGCCCAAACUGCUACUGAAACUGUUGAAGCAGUCGAAGAACAGUUUGUUGAUAUUGAAGUUUCGCAUGUGGAUGAACAACUGCGCGCAAACGUAAAAGCGGAAGAAAAAACUCCAGCGGUUCAACGAAAGCCCCAUUCACGGCGAGCUGCUGCGGCUCCUCCCUACAUUGAGCCCGAAGUAAAUGCCAUUUCUCAGCAACCGACACCCGCUGAGGCGGAGGUUGAUAUCGAAGGCAUGGAAUUGAUGGGUGGGGAAACAGGUGGUAUGAUGACAUUAGCAGAUGCAAUAGACGUGGCUCUCGAAGAGGAAGUGUCUGGUGGUGAAGACGAUGAUCAACCACCUACCCUGGAAAAAAGCGGAGAAAAAAGAAGGCCUCGUGGACGACCCCGUAAGCACUCUCCAAUGCAGGCUGUCCCUCGACAUACUCGUGUUGGUCGACUCUUUCCACUUCCUCGAUCACGUUACGUAGCAGACAAGGCUAUCAGCAAAGGAGAAGCUGACAAAAUCAAUAAUUAUAACAUCAAAUUGUUCGAGAAUGAUGUUGGAGUGACGGAAUAUGGAGAUCGUUACGCAACAGUCAUCCCUGGAUGUCUCAGCUAUUUGUUGCGUAAAGAGCGAAUUGUGGAAUUGCUGACGGAACCCUCGGACAUCGAAGCAAUUCGUGAACAAGGCUGGAUGUCGAUUAAACCUCCAAGACUGCCUCCUCUCGUGGGCACGAAAGCCUGCUUCGCUUUCUACAUCGAAGGAUCUACUGUGUGCUCAGUGAGAGAGCUUUCGAGUGAUGACUUGAAACCAUGGACGACAACUGACCCUGUCGAGGGAGAACCGACGAUAAAACCGAAUAUUUUCUAUGUUGCUCGGCAAACUGGACAAAUCGUGGGCAAUGUUUUGAUAUUGUACGAUUUCACAAUGCCCGGAGAAAUACCGACAGUAAUGAAUAUUGCUCAUGGUAACGAUGCUCUACGAGAUAUGCAGCAGAUGGAUUUAGCGCUGGAACUGCCUGUGGCUGAUGCGGACAAUCCGUUCAUCGAAGGCGUUGUUCCCGGUGUCCGAGGCGAGAAGUUCCUCAAAGUCCAUCCAUCAAAGAUUGGUUGGGUGAAUAAUAAGACGUUAUUGUUGAAGUAUUUAAUCAACGAUCCCACCUACUUAGAUGAAGCAGGGUAUUUAAAUACCCACGUGCCUUUCCUGCCACCAAUGAUUGAAGGACGAGGAGUGUUCGUGCAUUUUGCGCCAGCUACCUUGGUUGCUGAUCACAUUCAUCAUACGGGUGAUGGCUUAUCGCCGUGGACAUUCCAAGGUGCAUCUAUGCAUAACCGUGUACGAACUGUGAAGCGUGCGCUUAUGCAGGAUUCAGAGGGAGUGUUUCGGUUGACUAAGCAAGACUGGCAGCAGACAGGUUUAGCGCUGGUUGAAACGAUUACUGUGCUGGCUAGAUGCCCACGGCUUAGAAAGAGGGUUGUUUUCAUUCAACGCAAUAACCGUAUGGUGCUGGGAAUCGUAUGCUUCAUGUACGAGUACAUACGAGAAGGUCCGAUCCCAGAGAUCCUACGGGAUAAUUCUAUAAGUGUUCCUGGUCCACCGAUAACGAGUCGGCAAUCAACAUCGUUGUCGACGUCCGUUGACAAGCCGCAUCCGGCUGAUAUUCAGGGAAAUGGUGGUGUUGGUGUUACUGACGAUUUCGUCGAUGUAGAGGAGAUCGUUGAUGCAGCAGAUGAAAAUAUGUCGUUAAGUGGAGGUCCAGGGGAGUACGAAGAAAUGCAUGAAGAUUGCCUAGACGGUGGAUGGGACGGCGAUUUCGAUGAAGACCUGUUAGCGUCACAGGAAAAUAGUGAUCCGUUCAUUGAUGGUGUACGAGAACUGGAAAGCGGUCAUGUAUAUUUGACGGUGAGACAUAAAAGAAUGGCAGGAAGUUUGGAUACGAUACUUCAGUACAUCGCGAACACGAACUUUGUGGAAAAUCAUGAUAUCCUGAAUAACACGAAGCCACAACAUCCUCCACUUGUGCGCAAUGCUCGAGCCUAUGCAUUUUUCGUGGCCGGCAAUAUUGUUUAUCCUCACGACAUCAAUAGAGACGACUUUUUCCCCGUGGUCGGGAAAUGGAACACUGUUCCAGCUGAAAACCCAACCUGCUAUCGUACGAAAGUCCGGAAGUUCCCGGUUGAAACGGAUGAGGUUACUGGUUUGUUCCGUAUCGGGCAUGGCGACUAUCGCACCAGCCCUUAUCAUCUUGUACAUUUGUAUAGUAUUCAUCCUAAGGAGACACGCCUUAGAAAAAAGAUUGCUUAUCUCAUGGAAACGGAAACACGCACGAUUAUCAGCCAUGUUAUGAUCAUGUAUGACUACCAUACCGAGGGUCCGGUACCUCGAAUUCGUGGUCCUUACUCUAAGCGCUACAUGCGACAGAAACCACGGCGGCCAAUGGUACGAUGCAUUUUCUUUUCAAAACUUACUCCAAUCUCAUAA